UCCACAGGUACCGGGAGACGGCCUACGGUGAAGUCUACUUGCACCUACAGCCUGGCCAGUUCCACCCGAGUGACACCCACGACCUACACUUUGAAAUUGUUGGAAAAGACGCCGACAAAGAGGUUGUCGUCAAAGGGUUCGCCAUACAGCCGAAGCAUCGAGCAAGACGCCAAGUCUUCUCCGUCGACGAUUACCUACACCAUCGAUGAGGACAACAUGAUGCCAGACUAUAAUCAAUUUUCGAUCGGAAGUUGUGCGGUGGGUUGCGGUCCCGUCGCGUGGGCCCAGGUGUUCGGGUACUUUGAUCGCCGCGGCCACGAGCCUCGGGGGAACAUGGGCAGUCGCCAGCUGUACAGGUGUGGAAGUGAUGGCACCACUGGCAACGACACCUGCGAGGCGCCUCCCAAGAUGGCAGGAGACAUACGGAUACAGAACUACAUCAAAAAAAUGGCUCAAAUUCUUGGAACGUUCUGCCUGUUUGAUCAAGGUGCAACAUGGCAAUCGUCCAUGGAUAAGGUGGCUAACUUCUUCAAGGAGCGCCAGGGGAGCGACGCUAACAUCCAGCUGCACACGAAUGGAUUGUUCAGCCUCGUCGGAGUUUACAGCGACGACAUUCGAGACAAAGCGCUAACCUACCUGCGACAGAAGUGGCCAGUCAUCGUGGGUAUCAGGGUGUCGGGUAUCUUCUCGCAGCACUACCCCGUCAUGACGAUGUACCGCCAGACCACGACCAGCACCAAGACGUGCACGCAGGGCACGAGCUCGUGCACGGUCAAGGACACCACGGAGUACGAGAUGUACCUGCACAUGGGGUGGGGAGGCGACCAGAACGGGUGGCGGAAGGCGGAGAUGUUCAUGGCAGCCGCCGCGCGAUACUAGCCUGACGUCACGCGGCAUCUCACGUGUGUGUCGCGUUGUAGACUUUUCACCGCCGCCUCGAGAAAAAAAUCAGGGAUAAUAAAAGAAAAUAACGACCUGGACA